CGAGAGCGGAAGUGGCGUGACGUCAACCGGAUGUGCGCUCGGUCAUUUGGCAGACGGGAGCGUGUUGGUUUGAUGGCAGUUUCCGUCGUCAGCGUUAAGUGAAAUUAAUUAAAGCGCCAACAAUUAUACAAGUUCGUAAUUGGUGACCGCCGCUAGACGCUAGACGCGACCCCGCACGUGCACUCGCCAUGGCCGAGACGACGGACAUCGCGGAGUGGUUCCGCGGCAUCCCCGUGGUGACGCGCUACUGGUUCGCGGGCUCCGUGCUCUUUCCACUGCUGGGCAGGUUCGGGCUGCUCGACCCGGCCACCCUGGUGCUGGACGCGACGCGCCUGUUCAGCCGCUUCCAGAUCUGGAGGCCCAUCACGGCAACACUCUUCUUCCCACUGACACCGCAGACGGGAUUCCACUUUCUCAUUCACCUCUACUUCCUGUACUCCUAUUCCACACGCCUCGAGACUGGUGUUUUUGAUGGACGGCCAGCAGACUACCUGUUUCUGGUUCUCUUCAACUGGAUUUGUAUCACUAUUGUUGGGAUUAUCGUCGACAUGCCACUGCUGAUGAUCCCGCUCAUCAUCUCGGUGCUGUACGUGUGGGCCCAACUUAAUCGUGACCAGAUCGUCACCUUUUGGUUUGGCACCACCUUUAAAGCCUGCUACCUUCCCUGGGUCAUCAUGGGCUUCAACUUCAUCCUGCGUGGAUCGGUGAUGAAUGAGCUAAUCGGGAUCUUCGUGGGACACCUCUACUUCUUCCUCAUGUUCAAGUACCCUCAAGACUUUGGUGGGCAUACGCUCAUCUCCACCCCAUCCAUCCUGUACCGGCUCUUACCGAGUCGCCGUGGCGGCAUUGCCGGCUUUGGCGUUCCUCCGCCCAGCAGGAGACCACCAGACGACCAGGAUGCCCCCCCGCAGGGAGGCUGGGGAGCAUUUGGCCGUCACCGAUGGGGGGAUGGCCAGAGGCUGGGUGGGAACUAAAGGCUGGUACUGCUGCGUAGAUGUUCGCAGUUGUGCUGUGUACAGCUCUUCGAUGUGUAUUCGGGUUGUUCCACGGUAUUGUUCAGCGUGAUGUUUGGACGUCACGAUAAUUGGGUUACAAUCCGAAAACGCAUCUGAGAGCCCAGGGCUGUUGUCGGCGACCGAGUGUACCCGUGUGCGCGCGUGUGCCUCCUCGGGCGUUUGCAUGGCUGCAUGAGCGUCUGGCCCCGGCUUGCACAGACAACAGCGACGCAAAAGAGAACUGGUCCAUCCGGAGCACGUGACUUUAGCUGUCGCACUCGUGAACCUGCUCAGUUGUGCCACCUGUCAUCACGGGAUGGAAACUGUUGGGCCUUGUGCAAACAUGGGCUCUGUGCAUAUGCCUGCAUCUAUGCGCGUGCAUCUAUGCGCGUGCAUCUGUGCGCGUGCAUCUGUGCGCGUGCAUCUGUGCGCGUGCAUCUGUGCGCGUGCAUGAGUGCGCGUGCAUGAGUGCGCGUGCAUGAGUGCGCGUGCAUGAGUGCGCGUGCAUGAGUGCGCGUAUGGUAAUUUGGCGAGCCUCUCAUUCAUGGCAUAAGAGACACAAUUUUUCUUUGUUUUUAUUAUUGUACAUUAAUGCAACGUUCGUGAAAAAAAGUGAUCCCAGUGUAAAAAGUAAAACGAUAUUUAAGUCUUACUUCCUGGAUUUAUUUUAAAUAAUGCUCAUAAAAAGCUGUGCAGUGACACAUUGAUACAAGAAACAUAAACAAGGAACAACAUACGGGCUUAUUUCUAUUGCUUUGAAAUCGUCAAUAAACACAUUGAGCUAAAAGCCUCCUUUUAAUUGUGUAGUGCGUACGUGCAGCUUAGAUUGGCAAGUUAUUUCGGUUUGAUCGUUGGGUUUAAAAUACAAUGCUUAGAAAGUUUUGUGAUUUAACGGUGAAAAUAUCUGUGAAAUGUCCAGUAGGUGUUUCAAAAUAACUGAGAAGCAAUUUGGUUGUUCCCUCUGUUAAGGUUGACUUUUCGCUGACAAUAUCUCCUUUAGUGGCUUAUCACAGUACUUACGUGCUGUUUGGAUGGGUUAUAAAAAACAAAUAAUGCUUUCAUAGGCACCAAAAUCAUUUGCAAGAACACAAGAAAGUAAAAUAUUUUUGGAAAUUCACGUGGCUUUUAUUUUCACUGCUGUUCAAUGCUUUCAUAGUCAUGCAUGUUAUUACCGUUUCUUUUGACAAGCAUAAACUUGUGAAGGAUGAAAACAUGAAAUUUAAAUUAAUCGUAUUAAGCUAGGUCAACCACAAGGGUCUGUUAAUUUAUUUAUUUUAAGAUUACAGAUUACUGUACAUCAUAGCCUUUGGCCAAUCUAGGUUCCCCUGGCACAUAGGUUAGGAUAGGAUUUGUGGCAUGAAUUCAUGUCAUAUCCACGUGUACCUUAAUUGUUACAGCAUUUCUGGUGGUUGGUGCUUGUGUGCACUUUGCCAUGCUUUCACCAGGUCCUUGUCCGUUGGAUGUCACUGAUAAUUGAAUGUUGCGACUAUCCUGGUAAAUUAAUUAACAUUAGCUCAUGCAUCUCAUAACCAUGAUUCCAUGAUAAAAAAAAGUAACAUUUCGGGUUCAAUCCGUAACACAGGGUGUUGAAAGACUUCUGUUUUUAAAUGGAACAUUCUCACGACUUGACUGCACAAUUGGAAUAUAAUUUGGAGAAAGAUUUGCAACAUGCUCUAGAAAACAUUCAUAACUGACCCUAUCACCUUCAUCGUUAACACUGAGUUAUGGCAGCCUGCCAUAUAUUUUUUACACGUUACAGCAGUGUUAAUGAUGUGCGUCCAUCCGUCCAUACUUCACAUGUUUUUUUUAUAACUUGUGAAAAAUGCACAGGUAAUCCGAAUCCUUUGAUACAAGCCACACAUGCCAAAUACUAUUUCUCAGUAUGGUUUUAGUUUUUGGCCAAAGUCCACAUCAAAAUCCUUUAAAAAAAAUUCGUUAUUGUACAAAAAAAGUUAUUCUCAUGUACCAUGUGCAAAAUACUACGUGCAUUAGAACGCGUAUGCAUUAGGUGUGUAACAGUGCGUCAAUUCGUCUAUUAAAAUUGAUUCUUGGUUUCCUGAUACACGCA